AUGACUUCUUCACGACCCAGUAACACACGUAAUUAUACGGACGAAGAGUUGGCGAGAUAUUUGGAUGAUGAGGACAGUGAUGGUGAUGUGGAAUCUGCUGGAAGUGAGACAGAGGACCAGUUAGAGAUCGAGCAGCUGGAACAAACGGAUGAAGAAGAUAUGCCAACUGAGGUAAUAUCAUCCAAUGUAUCUAACCCAGAUUCAUCUAUAAUAUCCGAGGAGACUUCGACAACACAGAAGAGUACAGCCCAGGAGAGUAACAAUUCUUCUCUUCGUUCAAAUAUGAUCCCCUUUUCUCAGAGUUUUACGCGGGAGAAAUAG